UCUCUUUAAACAUAACGACCUUCCAGAACUUUCUUUGAUCCUUAUAAUAAUCCCCCCAUCAGAUCUAUUAUCACUCAUAUCAAACAUACAAACAAAUUAUCAAAAAUUUUAAGAAACUAAAUGGCUACGAGUGGGGUUAAGGUUCUUGGAGCAUGGGCGAGUCCGUACGUUAUGAGGCCAAGAAUUGCGCUGAACAUAAAAUCUGUCGAUUACGAGUUUCUUGAAGAAACAUUCGGAUCAAAAAGUGAACUUCUGCUAAAAUCGAACCCUGUUCACAAGAAAAUCCCGGUUCUGAUUCAUGAUGGCAAGCCAAUUUGUGAGUCUUUGAUCAUUGUGGAGUACAUUGAUGGUGCUUGGUCUUCUGCUCCUAAAAUUCUUCCCUCCGAUCCUUAUGAUCGUGCUACUGCUAGAUUUUGGGGUGCCUACAUUGAUGACAAGUGGUUCCCAAGUUUAAGAGGGGUUGCAUCAGGAGAUGCAGAGGCAAAAGAGAAGUCAAAAGAGCAGAUCGUAGAAGGGCUGGUGCUACUCGAAGAAGUUUACCAGAAAACCAGCAAAGGAAAAGCGUUUUUCGGAGAAGAUGAAAUCGGAUAUCUCGACAUUGCAUUGGGUUGCUACUUGGGUUGGUUAAGAGCAACAGAGGAAAUGAGUGAAGUGAAGCUACUCGAUGAAGCCAAAACUCCAGGUCUUGUCAAGUGGGCUGAUGCAUUUGCUUCUCAUCAUGCUGUUAAGGAUGUCCUGCCUGAGACCGACAAGCUUGUUGAGUUUGCUAAGCUUCUUUUUGCCAAACUCAGAGCUCCUAAAACUGACUCUUAGAUUCAUAAAUUUGUCCUCAUAAUUUGGAACUUUUAUUGUCAUGGUUUUUUCCUUUUGUGCUUGAUUGCUUGGAACACUUGUUGUUUGGUCCGAUUUCGUUGGUCAAGGCUAUAUGAAGAAUAAAAAUGUUUUAUUUUCAUUAAAUUGUUAAACCAGCUGCAUAUUCAAUUUAAAUUGUUAUUAUGUUCA